UAAUUAAAUGUUCUAGUUGGUCAUUUAUUCUCUCUGCUGAUCGCAAUUGUGAGUCUGAUGAUCGAAUGAGCCCAUUUCCAGCCACAAAUGGAAUCCAUGUGGGCGGUAAUGUCAAUUUGAACAUGCAGCAGCAACCACAUCAGUUGUCCUCUCAGGCGUCUGGCUGGAACCAGAUGAGUGGAUCUCUGUCUGCCAAGCCUACAACUGGCUGGCUCCAUCCAGACGAAUCUCUCAUAGGAGACGGAGUUAGAUUCCACGUUAACUACGUAGGAUGUGUCGCCAUUAAGGAGAGCAUGCGCAAUUUGGACUUCGACAAGCGUACUUUAUUGGCUAGAGAAGCUAUCUGCCAAGUGGUGCAUUUCACUCACUAUAAACACCUGCAAAACUGGACGCCAAAUGAACAGCUGCAGAAAACUGAGCUGAGUCGCAUGAUAGACACUCGCUACACCUCACCCAGUGCGGGAUCGAGAGUGUUGCUGACCAUAUCCACCGAUGCAAUAACCCUCAUGUCAGUGGACAAUCAGAAGCCGGUACUCAAACACGAAAUGAGCUCAAUCUCAUUCGCAUCAGGCGGUGACGGUGAAACGAGUGAGUUCAUAGGCUACGUUGCCAAAGACGCCGACAACUCGCGGGCAUGUCACGUGGUGGAAGUCCCCGCCCUAGCCCCUGACGUCAUAGCUACAAUCGGACAAGCAUUUGAACUUCGGUAUAAGCAACAUAUUCAAGGAAAUCCGGGCAGUGGUCUUCUAAACAACAUGCCUCCAAAUACAAACGGGGUUUUGAGAACAGGGCCUCAAAUGAUAACAAACGAUUCGAAGUGGGGCGACGAAACGGCAUCUCAAUACUCGCAAAACAGUAACUGCAUCAAUCAAUUAGUAGACCGUCGACUUUCGAAAGAUCCUUCAAUGCUUUCGAACCAUCGUCAAAGUAUGAUCAGUCAGCGCAACUCGCAGUACAUGAUGCAAAAUGUACAACCUCCUGGUCCUAGACAGGGAUUUGAAGAUAACUUUGUGCCCCAAAACCCUGCCCCUUACAUAAAUAUGAAUCAAAAUUCUCAUCCUCAAAAUGGAAUUGGGUUUAAUCAGGCGAUGUCCGUAAACACUGAUUUGAGUUCAAACUCGGGGAAUCCAAAUGGAUCUGUGAACUUCAGGAACAGUUUCACGCCGACGAAUGGACUGGACCAAAUUAUGACGUCACCGAACCAACAGUUGAACCAACAGAAACAGAUGCAGACAUUUUACCAGUCCAGUCCUCCGGUGCCGAUGCCGAGGAGAAAUGCUCCUGGAGUGACAUUUUCAGACAACUCACAAGCUGCUUCCAAUCUAGCCGUCAUUAUGAACCAGUCUCACCACGUUCAGCAUCCAGCGCCUGGAACUAAUAUCACGGACCCUGGAAAUGUACCCAGAAUCCCAGACCGCAAGUCUCCGAAACCGGGAGACGGAAAACUGGUGCCAUCGCCACAUGCGAAUCUAAACAUGCCAGAUUUAUUAUCAAACCAGCAGACCAGCACAGUUGCUAAUAAAGCGGGAAACCGGAGUUCAAAUGCGUCAUCUGCUGAUGAAAAUUUGAUUGCCAUACCUCAGACAGAAAGCGUUCUUCCACUUAAUUCUCAAGUUUGGUUCCAUGGCGCUAUUUCACGCACGGAAAGCGAACGGAGGCUAAGGAAAGAUGGCGACUUUUUGGUCCGAGAGAAGCAAGCGGCUGCUACUGAUACAAAGCAAUACGUUCUAUCCGGGUACCAAGGAGGUGUUGUGAAGCACUUACUUUUAGUUGACCCGCAUGGCCGUGUGAGAACAAAAAACAACAUUUUCGAAAGUGUUGGUCAUCUUAUCACACAUCACAUGCGGAAUAAUAUCCCAAUCAUAAGUUCAGACAGUCAAGUCAGAUUGGGGAACCCUGUCAAGAAACCAAGUCCUCCGAGGCCUGGAAUGCAUGCCACUGAAAUUUAAUUAUUGAGGAGCUGUUACACUGCUGAUCAUUUUGUUUCUGUCAUACAUUGAUUGCGCAGUUUUGAAUUGAAGAUUGCUUCACAGAUAUUUGAUUAGUGAAUGCACACAAUCUACAUAAGUCUUCACUAUGAAAUUUUUUUGAAAAAUGUUAAAACCGGGUAGGAAAUCAUGUGAUAAUCAUUUGCUUAGUUUUGACAUUUUUAUUUGUUAGUUAGCUUCAUUCUUUUGGAAACGUUUCUGUUGAGUACUUUAGUUUAUAAUUAAGUCUAAAUUAAUUUCAGUCGGUCAAAGAAUUGCUGUCUUGGCUGCAGAAAGAUAUUUCUAUUCUAUUCAAUAUUUAUAUUGUUUCUAUCGCCAGUACUCUGUAGAAUUUGAAAUUAAUACGCAUCAGAAUAUUUAAAUGCGACAACGCUUUGACUUUUUUCAUCGAGUUGAGGAAGCGAGACUUGCAUAUUUUAUUGCAACAAAUCCUGCAAAUAACUGGUACGAAGUUAUGAACAAACUGAAGGAAUAGAUGUAACAAUUCGAGGGUCUGGAUUAAAGAGGAAAACGCCACCUGUCCUCUUGAGAGCUGACGACUUAUUUAUUUACGU